UUAUUAUAUAACAAACUUAUCUCCGUGAAUAAUGAUCGCUGCAGCUGUCAUCCCACCUUGCGAGGAUUGAUCAUUCAGCCCCACGAGUACUUCUCCAUCAUAUCUUGACCGGGCAUCCUCUUUUCUCCGCCCGCUCUUUAACCUCUCCGCUGUCGAUCCACCGAGUCCACCGGAACUGGAUUGACCUUGAGGAUACCUGUAUCAGCCACAGACUGCAAUAGCGAUGUACCAUGGCCGACCUUCGUGAACCAGAGGUCGUGAAGGAGAAGACUGAUAUUGCUAUUGGCGAUGACACCGCAAUCGGGUCGGGCGACGUCGAGAUCAUCAAUGCGUCUGGUCACCGAGAUCAAUUGAACCGCCAAUAUGGAAUCUUCAGUAUUUGCGGUAUGGCCCUGACCGUCGACAACGCAUGGGUAGCCAUUGGAACAUCCCUCAAUGUUGCAAUCUAUAAUGGAGGACCUCCUGGAGUGUUGUAUGAGCUCCUUGUUGCCUCAUUUUACUACUGCUUUGUUGCCGCAUCGAUUGCUGAGUUGGUGUCGGCCGUUCCUUCAUCUGGAGGCGUCUACCAUUGGGCCUCGAUGACUCCAGGUCCAAAGUAUGGACGAAUCCUCGGUUUCUUCGCCGGCUCUCUCAACUUCUUUGGCUGGCUCUUCGAUCUUGCUUCGAUCGCAUAUGUCAUGUCGGAACUCGUCAUCCAGAUGUAUAGCCUCUAUCACCCGGAUUAUGAGAUCAAAGCGUGGAAUAUCUUUGUAGUCCUCGUGUUGAUCACCUGGAUCUGCAUUGGCAUCACGAUCUUCUUCAACAAGUACUUGCCUUAUCUCCAGCAAUUUGGGCUCUUCGUCGUACUGGCCGGAGGCCUGGUUAGCAUCAUUGUCCUCGCGGCCAUGCCUAAGUCACACGCCUCAACCCACUCUGUCUGGGCGGCUUGGGAAAACAGUACAGGGUGGCCCAGUGGUUUCGCUUUCUUGGCAGGUGUUUUGAACGGGGCCUUUACAAUCGGCACUCCUGAUGCUGUGACGCACAUGGCAGAAGAGGUUCCUCAUCCCCGGAAAGAUCUUCCCAAGGCCAUCGCCGCUCAAAUCAUCCUUGGCACAAUCACCGCAUUUCUCUUUGCCAUCACCCUCUUCUACGGCAUCAGCGACCUAGACGCCGUCCUGAACAGCAGCGGCUCCUUCCCCCUCGCAGAGCUAUACAGCCAAGCCACGGGCGGCUCCCGCGGCGCCACCUUUGGGCUGCUCUUCAUCAUCUUCCUCUCCCUAGCCUGCUGCUUGAUCGGGACCUUCCUAACCGUCGGCCGCACCUGGUGGACGCUCGCGCGCGACAACGCCACACCUUUCUCCGGCUUCUUCUCGCUCGUCAACGAGCGCCUCUCGUGCCCCAUCCCCGCCACCGUCUUCACCGGGAUCAUGACCACUGCUUUUGGCGCCAUCACGCUCGGUAGCCAAGCCGCAUUCUCCGACCUGGUCGGCUCCUUCGUCAUCCUCUCUACCGUCUCCUACGCUCUCGCCAUCGGCGGCCAUCUCUUCACCGGCCGGAAGAACAUCAAGCCUGGUCCUUUCUGGAUGGGCAAUUCGGGGUACUACAUCAACGCCAUCGCCAUCAUCUUGAUCGUGUUCUUCGAUGUGAUCUUCUGCUUCCCGGCGUCGCUACCGGUCGCGACUUCGACGAUGAAUUAUAAUAGCGUUAUCUUGGUGGGUGUCAUUGCGAUAACUUUGUUUUGGUGGCUGGUGCAUGCCAUCAGGAAGUAUCCGGGCCCGAAACUUGGAGGGUAUUUGGAAACGCUGGAUGGGAGGAUUAUUGAACCGGUUGAUGUUUAGAUUUUUUUUGUUUUUUUACUUUUUAUUACGUUGCGUUGGCUCUGUGGCUUGUUGUAUAUCAUAUACCAUCUCUAGACAGGUACAUACAGUACGGAGAAUUAUAAUUUUUAACCCCUUUCCGAU